CUAGGGUAAAAACCAACCGAAAAAAUCUAAAGGUACCGCGGUUCAUGUGUUAUCUUCCUCAGAUGGCAUUGGCUGGGAUAUUUCCUUUUAGUGCGAUUUGCGUUGAGCUUUCGUCUGUGGUUUAUAGCUUGUGGGGUUAUGAGAAUUACACUCAGUACAAGUUUCUGUUUGUAACCUUCAUUCUUCUUCUAAUCAUCACUGCUUUAAUCAAUGUGGGCUUGAUUUGUUGCAAGAUUGUUUCUAAAGAUCACAAAUGGUGGUGGAGGUCAUUUGUGUAUGGUGGAUCAAUUGGAUUGUAUGUUUAUGGGUUUUGCAUACAUUACUUAUUGUAUAAGAGAUCAGAUAUGUCAGGUUCCUUACAACUCUCAUUCUUCUUAGGAUACAUGGCUUGCAUUUGCUAUGCCCUUUUCUUGAUGUUUGGUAGUGUUGGUUUCUUAGCCUCUUAUCUCUUUCUUCGCCAAAUUUACCAUUCUCUUCAUUACUCAAAAACUUGAUAUAGCUGAUGACAUGAGAUGAGAUAAUUGUAUUACAUCUUUUUUUUUAAUUAUUAUUAUUAUGUAUUUUGGUGAGAUAAAUUGAUAGUGUAUUAGGUAUUCGGGGUAUUGAUUCAAUUUAAUUCGUACUAUUUUAUUCAAAUUUCAUAUUUUAGAUACAAUCAAAUUCGAAAAAUUUGCAGAUUGGAUCGGUUAUUUUUUAUUAGUUACUUUUAAUAUUAAAUUAUUUAACAUUUAUUAAAAAAUAUUUUUUUUUCACAUAACUAAUAAUAAAAUAAAACAAAUUAUUAUUAUUUUGUAUCUUGAACAACCAAUUCAAAUAAAUAAAUAAA